UGUUGCUACUUAUAUGAUAAAAAACCGUCACAAGUAACUGUGUUUCUCUGGUAUAGCAUAUAUAAAAGAGUAGAUAUAUAAAUUUGGUAAUGAAUGUGCUGGUAAGCCUUGUUUUUCAAUUACUCCUGGAAAUUUGGAGGCGUAUUAUCAAAGAAAAUCCAAGAUGCAGUUACCAAGCGAUUGAAAAAAUAGCAGAUUAUUACAGAAGUGGGGCAGGGAAGCAACAAACAUUGGCGGAAAAUAGACAAGCGUUUUAUAAGUAUAAAAUCAGGCCAAGAUGCUUGAGGAAUGUAGAAAACGUGGAUUUAUCAACUACAAUUCUUGGAGAAAAAAUUUCAAUGCCCAUAGGUAUCGCUCCAACUGCUAUGCAAAAAAUGGCGCAUCCAUUGGGAGAAUGUGCCAAUGCUCGAGCUGCUCAGGAGUUGGGGACGAUCUUUACUCUCAGUACUCUAUCUACAAGCAGCAUUGAAGAAGUUGCCGAGGCUGCUCCCCAAGCUAUUAAAUGGUAUCAACUUUAUAUUUAUAAAGACAGGAAUAUUACUCGAGACUUAGUCAUAAGAGCCGAAAAAGCUGGGUUUAAAGCAUUAGUACUAACAGUUGACGCUCCUGUUUUUGGACUUCGAUUAGAAGAUUUGAGAAAUAAAUUUACUUUGCCUUCUCACUUAAGAUUGGCAAAUUUCCAAGGUAUUAAAUCUGGUAUGAAUACAGAACGCGAUCACGAAUCUGGACUAAAUAAUUACGUCACUAGUCUUUUUGAUUCUUCUAUCAAUUGGGAAGAUUUGAAAUGGUUGAAGAGUAUAACUAAGCUACCCAUAGUACUUAAAGGAAUAUUAACCGCAGAAGAUGCACUUCUGGGAGUCCAAGCGGGAGUAGCGGCUAUCCAAGUAUCAAAUCAUGGCGCCAGACAAAUAGAUGGAACAGUCGCAGCUAUAGAUGCUUUGUCAGAAAUUGUUAAAGCCGUUGGAGAUAAAAUAGAAGUUUAUAUGGACGGUGGUGUUACUGACGGAGUAGAUAUUUUGAAGGCUGUAGCUCUUGGUGCUAGAAUGGUGUUCAUAGGUCGACCUGCUCUUUGGGGUUUAACACACAGUGGACAAGCCGGCGUUGAACAAAUCCUUAAUAUUCUUAAAAAGGAACUAAUAACCUGCAUGGCUAUUGCAGGAUUUUCUAAUAUCAAAGAAAUAGAUCGCAAUUUGGUGGUCCAUGAAAAUUAUUAUUCUAAACUUUGAAGAUGACUUAGGGGAGACCAAAAUACAAGUAGAUGCAAGAAAUGACAAACAUCUUUCUCUAAUUUUUCAAUACUAUAACUGCUAUGUACGUACGUAUAAGGUGAUAUACUUUAUUUUGAAUUACUAAAUAUAAUCAAUAUGUGGAAUAAAUAACACCACUCAACAAAAAAA